GCCAGACGAGUGGGCGGGGCCGGUGGGUGCCCAUGGUUAGUGCGGCUGGGAGGUGGCCGCACGUGCCGGCGGGGGCGAUGCGUCGCUGAUGUGUGCGGUGCGGCGGAGGAGUCGGCUUCCCUUCGGACCUGUAGCUGGCCCCAUUCUUAGAGAAACAAGGAUGAAUAUGACUCAAGUCCGGGUUCUGGUGGUUGCAGUGGCGGGUCUGGUGGUCAUUCUUCUUUACGCCUCCAUCCACAAGAUAGAGGAAGGACACCUGGCCGUGUACUACAGGGGAGGAGCUUUACUAACUAUCCCCAGUGGACCGGGCUAUCAUAUCAUGUUGCCUUUCAUUACCACGUUCAGAUCUGUGCAGACAACACUGCAAACCGAUGAAGUUAAAAAUGUGCCUUGUGGAACAAGUGGUGGGGUCAUGAUCUAUAUUGACCGAAUAGAAGUGGUUAAUAUAUUGGCUCCUUAUGCAGUGUUGGAUAUCGUGAGGAACUACACUGCAGACUAUGACAAGACCUUAAUCUUCAAUAAGAUCCAUCAUGAACUGAACCAGUUUUGCAGCAUCCACACACUUCAAGAAGUUUAUAUUGAAUUGUUCGAUCAAAUAGAUGAAAACCUGAAGCAAGCUCUGCAGACAGAUUUAAAUGUCAUGGCACCCGGCCUCACCAUACAGGCUGUGCGUGUUACAAAACCAAAAAUCCCAGAAGCCAUAAGAAGAAAUUUUGAGUUAAUGGAGGCUGAGAAGACAAAACUUCUUAUAGCUACCCAGAAACAGAAGGUGGUGGAGAAAGAAGCUGAGACAGAGAGGAAAAAGGCUAUUAUAGAAGCAGAGAAGAUGGCACAAGUGGCAAAAAUUCGGUUUCAGCAGAAAGUAAUGGAGAAAGAAACUGAAAAGCGCAUUUCUGAAAUUGAAGAUGCUGCGUUCCUGGCCCGAGAGAAGGCGAAAGCAGAUGCUGAGUAUUAUGCCGCGCAGAAAUAUGCCGCCUCAAACAAGCACAAGCUGACCCCAGAGUACCUGGAGCUCAGAAGGUACCAGGCCAUUGCUUCCAACAGUAAGAUCUACUUUGGCAGCAACAUUCCUAGCAUGUUCGUGGACUCUUGCGCUCUGAAGUAUUCAGAUGUUAGGACUGGGAGGGAAAACUCUCCUCUCCUCCCUGAGGAGGCUGUCUCCGGAGAGAGCCCCGUCCAAAAGAAGGGGAACAUAGGUUGAUGCAAGAAGUGGAAAUGUUCACCCAUAUCAAGAUGCGGUCCAAGGGGUUCAGUGGGAACAAUGGUAAUACGACUCUUUGUGCUCCUGUGUUCUGCCUCUCCUGUGUAGUCCUGGCUUAUCAGCCGACUGCAGGGUAGAGCCAGCUGUCUUGGCACCCCAGUGGUCUUUUCGGCUGCGGUGUUAUCAAGUAUUCAGUGUGUGAAUUCCUUUCUAAACUGGUACUCAUGAAAGAGGGAAAGCCUGAUGCUAAGAUACUGCCUGCACUGGAAUGGUAAACACUAAAUACAUAACAAGCUGUGCUUUUUUAAGCUGAGAUCUAUUGAAUAAUGUUUACAUUGGUCCCCGGGAAAAUGUGUGCUCAGCCAUUCAAGAGAUAGAAGGCCAGAAAGAGGACCACCAGGAUGUGGUAAGUGGAAAGAAGACUUCGGUACACCUGGGACCCAGACUCUCUAGAGUCCAUUCCCAGCUUUCAUCCAUGUGAUUGGCUUCUGUUCUGCUGAAGUUCCCCAGGAAAUGAGCUUCCAUUGAGCAACCAUUUACUUGAUACGAUUUAUACCUUUUUGUUUUCCUACAGCCAAGUUGGUGGCCUGCUGAGACAUGCCCCUUGCUACUCUACCAGAUUCUUUUAGCGAUUUCUAAUCAGUAGUUAAUUGCAUUAGUAGGCUCAGAGAUAGAGCUUGGUUUGAAGUUCUGGGUGAGCUGAAACCUGUACUUUGAACGAGAGCUCUGGGACCUGCAUUCUCCAUCAGGUGGUGAUGGUCUGUGUCACUGUCCCCGGCUGCCUGUGGCGAAGGGACCUGGUUUUUAGUCAGCUCCUUCACUGCACCUUCCAGCUCUGGCUGGCCAGGAGCCAGGCAGGGCUUUAACCAGAAACAAAAGCAGCGUACAGUUCCUAGCUGUUCACUGCAUAGUAUUAUAUCAUAACUGCAGGAAGUUUUUACUUUUAAAACUGGAUUUGGGGUACAUUCAUUUGCCCCAGUACCUCUGCCUAAAGGCUCUAUUCUAGGCUGCCCUGGUUCCUGGCACACUGAUUCUCCCUCUCAGUAUUGUUCAUCAGGAGCCUACAUAAUGUUGAAUGAAGAGUAACUUAGAAAGCAACCUGGGUUGUUUUUGUCUUCUUCCUUCUUGGCCCUGAGAUGCUGAAAUCGGAGUUGCUCUCCAGCGUCACCUUCCCUAGGAGAUCAGGGUCCCACUGACUUCCUGGGCAGCCUGUGGAUUUAACCUUCAGUGAGAACAUCAGAGUCACUGUAUUUUGCCGUGUAUAAUGCACACCCACAGUUUCGUGCACAUCACACACGGGAUUACUAUGCCCUUUAUACCCACGGUGUGUAAUCAUUAUACCCACGUAUAAUGUACACCCUUAUUUUCCCUCAAAGAUUUGGGCAAAAGGUGUGCAUUAUACAUGGCAAAAUACAGUAGCUUGUGGCUGUGGGAGACCUAUUUCACCUGGACUUUUCUUCCUUUAGGGUUAACUUUCCUGAAAUAGUGUGCCUCAUAGUUAGACCUGAGUACAUGCUGCUUGGUAAGACCUUUUGUGUGGACUUGUUCCAGCCAGACAGAACAGUCAGGGGACCACAUCCGGCGAGCUUUCCCCCGACUGUCAGUCUCAUGUCAGUGAGUGGGUUGUGCCAAACAUGUCACAUGGGAAAGGAGUCUCAGGCGUGAGUGGGUCUUCUCCCAGGGCCUUACCCUAUAGAGGCGUUUGUAAUCUGGAGAGAACCAUUUUUUCAUUUUUGCUCAAUUAAUUGUAUACAUCCUAUAUGAGUGAAUUUUGUGAUCUCUAGCCCUCCUUGAAAGAACUUUGGAACUGUAACUCCUCACCUGUCAGAGUAUUGUUGCUGCAGAUAAAUAAUGAUUGUCGUGGGAAAUCUGGGUCAUCGAUCUUUGCGCUCUUUCCUAGAGGUGUUUCCUGUUCCCGUGAGCUACAGAAAGCUGCUGCCCCCGAGUGCGAGAUGUGGGUUAUUUUACAAGCCACAAGCCCCGGUGGCAGAGUUGGGGAACAGGGUGAUCUCGUGAGGUGUUAAAGAAAGGACUCGUACUUGAACUCCCCCCAUGGAGUGUGCUUCCCUGUGCCCACUCGAGCUCUAGGCCUGUCCCUCCUUUGGGGAUGUCCCUUUUGGCAAAUAUACACUGUAAUCUUGAGUCUAAAUUUAUAUGUGAUAUGCUACCUUUUUUUAAAAAUACUAAAUAAAAUUAUUUUAUUAUCAGUGA